GUGACGAAGAAGAGUCGAUGCUCAUGUAAACAGAAGGCAGGAUGGCCGCCUCGAUCGAGAGUUUGCUAGAAGAAAUUUCCAAUAUCGAAGAGCCGAUCGAAGAGCUGCAAUGUCUUAAAACUGCACUUUUAUCCAUAACCUUGAAUGACUUAAGGGACUUUGUUAGCGGGCAUCGCUUCGAAGUGAUCUUCUCUUUGUUAAACUCAAAUGAUAGGGAACAGGUUGAACUAUGCGUAGACAUCCUCGAACGCAUCUUAAUGGCCUGCAGCCCCCUGCAAGUGGUCCAAAACUACAAAGCUGAGCUGCAGGCAGGUCUGACGCACCCAAACGACACCGUCAAGAUACUAACUUUGACUCAGGUGGGUAGGAUGGCAGAGCACUCGGAUGCCGCGGUGCAAAUCCUCAACAGCCAAGAUAUUAUUGUAACUGUGAUCCGCUCCAUUGCGGCAGACAACAUGACGGUGGCCAAGCAGGCCAUCCAGUCCUUGACCAAGCUUGCUCGCACCGAAACCAGCACGAGUAAAAUAAUUAGCGGCGACAUGUUGAACGUUCUGACGGAGGUGAUGACUGUAAGCGACAUCGUCCGAUAUCGUGUCUACGAGCUGGUAGUGACUAUUGAGUCCGAAUCCCAGAAUCACGAGGGUUACUAUCCCUGUGGCAGGAUAAUUGAUCAGCUCAUCAAAGAAUUGACAGGAGACGAUAUUUUGAUCAGGGCGGCGGCCAUUGAGAUGAUAACAUUGAUGGUUCAAACUGUGCGUGGGCAUAAGUUCUUAAUGGGCCAGUUGGUCUUCAACAAGAUCGCCAAGAUGAUGAUCGACGCAAACACGGAUCCUUUCUCCUCUUUAUAUCUCCCCGGUUUCGUGAAGUUCUUCGGCACCUUGUCCUUCGUGCAAGGUCCGCAGCGGGUGUGCGAAGACUACCCGGUUUUCCGGGACAAAGUGUUUGAGAUGGCCUUGGACACGGAUCCCACCAUGAUCGGCGUAGCUCUGGACACGUUGGGACUGCUGGGCUCGACUGUGGAAGGGAAGCAAGUACUUCAGAAAACAGGUGAAAAAUUCAAGUCGGUGAUGGUAAGGAUGAGCCAGCUUGCGAGUGCCGGUGCUACUGAGCUCCGCGUGCGCUGCUUGGAUGCCAUUUCGCAUCUCCUAACUCUGCAGCCCGAGCAUCAGACUGAAGACCUGCUGGCGCUGACCGAGUCCUGGUUCCUCCUUUUGUCCAAACAGCCCAUUAAUAUGAUUCGUGACAUCAGCACUCAGCCUUUUCCAGAGCUACAUUGUGCCGCCUUGCGGGUCUUCACUGCCAUUGCCGCUCAACCGUGGGGUCAGAGGUUGAUGGUGAGGACGCCCGGUUUCACGGAGUUCAUCCUGGAUCGUUCCACCAGUAAAAGCAAGGAGGCCAAAGAUGCCAAGUUUGAACUGGUGGGCUCGCUCUUGGGUUCUUCAAGCGUAGCUGAGAUACUGGGCAGCCAGAAUUACAUCUCCCUCAGGACCUACCUGAGGGAAGGACCUUACCAUGUGUCGGCAGUGGCCGCAGUCGACACGGAAGGAGCCGAAUGAUGUCUACCGGCCGAGACGAUGUUUACACAUGUUUGGAAGGUUCCAAUAAACCCAUUUUCUUGGUAUGAAUAAGUAA